CCUGAUGACAUUGGAAAUGCAGUGACAUGGCUUCUAGCAUUACUUUGGACAUAUUGUCAGAUAAUCUCAGUGACACCUUGAAGAAGCUGAAGAUAACAGCGGUAGACAGGACUGAGGAUAGUUUAGAAGGAUGCUUGGAUUGUCUGCUUCAAGCCCUGGCUCAAAAUAAUAUGGAAACAAGUGAAAAAAUCCAAGGAAGUGGAAUACUUCAGCUUUUUGCAAAUCUGUUGACUCCACAGUCUUCCUGCACAGCCAAAGUAGCUAACAUCAUAGCAGAAGUAGCCAAAAAUGAAUUUAUGCGAAUUCCAUGUGUGGAUGCUGGAUUGAUUUCACCACUGGUGCAGCUGUUAAAUAGCAAAGACCAGGAAGUGCUGCUUCAAACAGGCAGGGCGCUUGGAAACAUAUGUUACGACAGUCAUGAGGGCAGAAGUGCAGUUGACCAAGCAGGUGGUGCACAGAUUGUAAUUGAUCAUUUAAGGUCACUGUGCAGUGUAACAGAUCCCGCCAAUGCGAAGCUCUUGACUGUCUUUUGUGGCAUGCUGAUGAACUAUAGCAAUGAGAAUGAUUCCCUUCAAGCUCAGCUGAUCAAUAUGGGUGUUAUUCCAACUUUAGUGAAAUUACUGGGCAUCCACUGCGAAAAUGCAGCUCUUACAGAAAUGUGUCUUGUUGCAUUUGGCAAUUUAGCAGAGCUUGAGUCAAGUAAAGAACAGUUUGCCAGUACAAACAUUGCUGAAGAACUGGUAAAACUCUUCAAGAAACAAAUAGAGCAUGAUAAGAGAGAGAUGAUUUUUGAAGUUCUUGCCCCAUUGGCUGAAAAUGAUGCUAUUAAGCUCCAGCUGGUUGAAGCAGGCCUGGUGGAAGGUCUACUAGACAUUGUUCAGCAGAAGGUGGAUAGUGACAAAGAAGAUGAUAUUGCUGAACUCAAAACGGCUUCAGAUCUAAUGGUUUUGCUACUGCUUGGAGACGAGUCCAUGCAGAGAUUGUUUGAAGGAGGGAAAGGCAACGUGUUUCACAAGGUGCUCUCCUGGGUUCCGUCCAAUAACCACCAGCUACAGCUUGCUGGCGCAUUAGCAAUUGCAAAUUUUGCCAGAAAUGAUGGAAAUUGUAUCCAUAUGGUGGACAGUGGAAUUGUAGAAAAACUUAUGGAUCUCCUGGAUAGACAUGUGGAAGACGGGAAUGUAACUGUCCAGCAUGCAGCACUAAGUGCUCUCAGAAACCUGGCCAUUCCAGUUGUAAAUAAAGCAAAGAUGUUAUCAGCUGGGGUCACAGAGGCAGUUUUGAAAUUCCUUAAAUCUGAAAUGCCUCCAGUUCAGUUCAAACUUUUGGGAACGUUAAGGAUGUUAAUAGAUGCACAAGCAGAAGCUGCUGAACAACUGGGUAGGAAUGUGAAAUUAGUGGAGCGUUUAGUAGAAUGGUGUGAAGCCAAAGACCAUGCCGGUGUGAUGGGGGAGUCAAACAGACUGCUCUCCGCUCUCAUUCGGCACAGCAAAUCAAAGGAUGUAAUUAAAACUAUUGUGCAGAGUGGUGGCAUCAAGCAUCUAGUCACCAUGGCAACUAGUGAACAUGUAAUAAUGCAGAAUGAAGCCCUUGUUGCUUUGGCACUAAUAGCAGCUUUAGAAUUGGGCACUGCUGAGAAAGAUAUAGAAAGUGCCAAGCUCAUACAGAUUUUACACAAACUGCUAGCAGAUGAAAGAAGUGCUCCCGAAAUCAAAUAUAAUUCUAUGGUCCUGAUCUGUGCUCUCAUGGGGUCUGAGUCUCUACACAAAGAGGUGCAAGAUUUGGCCUUUCUAGAUGUUGUAUCCAAACUUCGAAGUCAUGAGAACAAAAGUGUUGCCCAACAGGCCUCUCUCACAGAGCGGAGACUUAUAGUGGAAAGCUGAGACCUGCCCUCUCUGAAACACAGCCUCACCCCAUCUCUGAUUUCCCAUGUCCUCCAUACAGCUGCGCCUUCCGCUUCAUUCUCUACCGUAUCACGUUGUGCAUGCGUGUAAUGUUCCAACCGAAGAACUGCUAUAGGUACCUGCCCAAUAAUGAUUUCUAAACCCAUAGUUAGCGUGACCAUGAAUUUGUCAAAAACAGGUCUCCACUCAUAACUGUUCUCUUGUAUUCCUCUUACUGAGCUACAUCAAGUAGAAUGUGCAUGUUGUAGUCCUACAAUGAUGUAAACUUGGACAUACAUAAUGACUUGCUCCUCACACUCAGUUAACUGCAUAGUUAUCUAUUGAUAAAUUAGAACCAAAACAAUGCAGCAGAAUCUGUCUGGCUUAUUAAAGAUGAAAUUGAAUAGUAAAAAUGGCUCCAUUUUUGGUGCUUGGGAAGCACAAUGACCAAAAAACUGUACGGCUGCUCACUCAUUAAUCUUACCCACGAAUGUCAAGCCCAUGAUACCUAAAACUGAAUAAAAUCCCAUUGCUCUCACUGUGUGCCCUUUGGCUUCUCCUUUUUCUUAACUCUGUAGGAUAUUGAAACGGCCACAAACUUGUCAAGACUUUCUGAGGUUUCUGAUUCCAUAAUUAAUUGGCUGUCCAUUAGUAGCUUGAUGUUGAAAACGUUUAUAAUUUUCAAUAUGAACCUAAGAGGUUGAACCCUGAUUAGAUGAGUGCAUCUUGCUUUUCUAGAUUCUGGUGUGUGUGCAUUUGCGCCUCAGAACGUCUCCCACAGUGAAUUGGCAUUACCCAGCCCUUGUCCUCAAGAGUCACUUGGCACUUGCUCUCAUCUGAGGAAAUAGAGGGUAGCUCUUUGGAGAAUGGAUUGAUUUACCACGUUUUCAUCCUGCAGCUUUGAAAGCAAGAAGUUUCAUUUUUCAUAGUUUCUGUAAAUCUUUUAGAACUAGUAGGACAUAGAAAAGAAUAUGAAAUAAAUUUAUGUCAACUAAUGAAAGGACAGUGGGUUCUAAAAGCCAUAGUAGCCAGUCCAUUCUGCAGAUGAUUUCUUGCCGGUAGGUGUGAGAGUUCACACCUCCCCCUGCGAACUGCAGGAGAUCUUAAAGGACAUCUGAGAUAGUGACAGAGCGAAGAUGUAGGAGAUUCCAGGAGACCUCCCUGAUGAAAUACAGUGUGUUCUUCACUGCCACCACUACCACCAAAUGAGUUUUCAGAGCUCUGAAAUGCAAUCUUUUUAAGUUAAUUAGUGCGUCCCUGUGCUGCACUUGCCUUCUCCCCAUGCCCAACUCUGGCAAAUACUGGCCUACAGCCAAGGUGGCCUCCAAUAUGAAAUGACUGUAGAACAGGAGCCCUGGCUGCCAAGGAGGUGACAGAAGCUCCUUCCUCUCCAGUAGGAGAUGCUGCACAUCUCGGGGUGGGGGGGUGACCUAAGUUGGACUUUGAACUCAGACAGUUAAUCAAGCAAGUUACAAACCCAAAAUAUAAAGAACCUUUGGACUGUUCGCUUUGAUGUCCAAGACACGGAUUAUUAGGAGUGCUUAUAGCUAUACUUAACUAUAGGAAUGUUUUUGUGGAUUAUGUUCUCCUGGGCUGGAUAGUGAACUAUAUUUUAUUAUAGGUUUUGAAAGACAUCUGUAAUAUUGCAUAAUAGGCUGUCCAUAUAAUAAGUAAAUAAAUAAAUAGUAUAUCAAACCGUAA